AUGGCUGUGAGAAACCAGACUGUGGUGACUGAAUUCACCCUCGUCUCCUUUCCCACUGUCCAGGAGCUUCAGAUCUUGCUAUUUGUUGUUCUCCUGCUGAUUUAUACACUCACCAUAACAGGAAACAUUGUCAUCAUUUCCUUAAUAUGGACUGAUAAUCAUCUCCAAACCCCAAUGUACUUCUUCCUCAGUAAUUUGUCAUUUUUGGAUAUUUUAUUCACAACUACUAUUGCCCCAAAGUUGCUAGUUUGCCUCUUAGAGGAGAAGAAAACCAUAUCUUUUGCAGGCUGCAUCAUCCAAACCUAUUUCUACUUCUUUCUUGGGACAGUGGAGUUUAUCCUCUUGGCAGUGAUGUCCUUUGACCGCUAUGUGGCCAUCUGUAACCCCCUGCGCUACACCAUCAUCAUGAACAGCAGGGUCUGUCUCCUGCUGGUUCUGGGCUGCUGGCUGGGGGCCUUCCUGUCAGUGCUCUGCCCAACUAUUAUAGUAUCCAGACUGCCUUUUUGUUAUAAGGAAAUUAGUCACUUCUUCUGUGACAUUGCCCCUCUGCUACAGGUGGCCUGCACAGAUACUCAUUUCCUUGAGAUGAUAAACUUCCUCUUAUCUUGUCUCAUUCUGCUGACCUCACUGGUGCUCACCACCGUGUCCUACACCUACAUCAUUUCUACCAUCCUGCGCAUCCCCUCGGCCCAAGGACGUCAGAGAGCCUUUUCCACCUGUGCUUCUCACAUCACUGUGGUCUCCAUGGCCUACGGGAGCAACAUCUUCGUGUAUGCAAGGCCCAGCCAGAAUCACUCCCUGGAUCUUGACAAGAUAGCCGCUGUCCUCAUUACCAUAGUGACCCCUCUUCUGAACCCCUUCAUUUAUAGCUUGAGGAAUGAAAAAGUAAAGGAAGUCUUGAGAAAGUCAAUUAUCCGGAUAGUUCCACCACGUUCCAAAGGAGCAUGA